AUUUUGGUAUUAUAUCCUACAAUUAUUUUAAAAUUUGAGGCAUAUAAAAGAGAAAUUUACAAUAUUACCCCUGUAAUAGCACUUAACAUAAAUUAAUAAUUAACAACUUUACGCGUAAAAAUAUUUUAUGGAAAACAUUAAAAAGCACGUUACGUUGUGCAUUAAUUAAUUACUUAGGUAGAAGGUUCUAGAAGCACAAAUCCAUUUUUUAUUUUAUUUUAUUUGUUAAAUGUCCUGUUACGUGCCAUGUGGGCUGCGUCUUCGGUGGGGGCUGGCUGGGUCAUAUUUUUAUACAUAAGAAGUCAUAUUAAUUUCCACAUGUUGUGUAAUGAGGUGGGCAGAAGAGAUUAGAUAAUUUCGGUCUCCUUCUUCUAUACGCUCAUAUCUUUAUUUUUCUAUUUUGUUGGUUUUAAAUAAAAAAACGAAAUGAAUUUAAUUUAUAAAUUAUAUUCUAUUUAAAUUCCUUUUUCUUUCUUCAAAUAAAAUAAAAUUUAAUUAAAAUAAAUUGGAAAAAAAAAAAAAAAAAGCGACGUAGAAUCGGGGGAGGAAUUAAAAGCGUGAAAUGAAUGACACGUGGCGGAUAAUGAGUGGGUGGAAGUUAGAAAAUGGUCAACAUCAACCAAUAGGAGAAGAGCUUCAGUUUGCCGUUUCAAGACGUAAAACGCGCUCCGCCCCGCUGUCUUUAUAUACAACGCCCUUUUUCAUCGCCGGUCAUCAUCUCUCUCUACUACGUUCGCUUUUCGCCGUGAGGAUUUUGCUACGAAGUAAUCGAUUCCGUGUUCUUCAUCCUUGUUUUGACUCCGAUCGCAUGGCCUUAGAACAGGACUUCCCAGAGCUUGCAGCACAACACGAAUCUGACGGAGAUGUUUCACUCCAGAAAAAAUGGAAAGCCAUCUCAGCUUCAGAAGCUGCCUCGGAAAAUUCUAAUGGCAGUUUUGAUUGCAACAUCUGCUUAGACUCUGCCCAUGACCCCGUCGUCACCCUCUGUGGCCACUUGUACUGCUGGCCCUGCAUAUACAAGUGGCUCCAUGUCCAGAGCACCUCCCCUGUUACAGAGCAGCAGCAGAACUGCCCCGUCUGUAAAGCCAACAUCUCCCACACUUCACUAGUCCCCCUUUACGGCCGUGGCCCAUCCCCAUCUGAAUCAGAAACAAAGAAGCUCCACGUUGGCCCUGCUAUACCCCGCAGGCCGCCAGCUCAUGGGGUGCACACGUUGAUAACUACGACUACUUCAGCCUCUUUGAACUCUCAUCCAAGUCGGCAUCUUCAUCCUAAUCCUUUCCAGUCACAUUCACAAUACUUUCCCCACCCUUAUGGUGGUUAUGCUGCCACUCCAACAUUGACCAGCGUAUUGAAUCCAACUAUUGGGAUGUUUGGAGAGAUGGUUUUCUCUAGGAUGUUUGGGAGCUCAGACACAAGUUUGUUCGCCUAUCCCUAUCCGAAUACUUAUCCUCUGAUGGCCAGUGCCAAUCCUAGGAUGAGAAGGCAGGAAAUGCAGCUAGACAGAUGUCUCAACAGAGUAUCCAUCUUUCUCUUCUGUUGCUUUAUUCUUUGUCUUCUCUCGUUCUGACUUCAUUCUUCCACCCCUCUCACCCUUUGUAAAGAUGUAAAAAAUCGUAAGAUUAAAGUUUGUUUGUCCAAAUUACGGAAUCAAUUAGUCAUGUAUGCUGUAAGAGAUAUUGCAGAAAAAGAACUCUCUUGUGAGUCUUCUUAUUUGUACAUAAGACCCUUUACUUGUGUUGGAAGUGAGGCUUUAUAAACAUCCCUCAUAAGAUCUCUUCUUGUUUCUCA